CGCUCAGAAAAAUAAAUAAAGCGAAGAGCUCGCUUUUGGAGCUUGAGAAGCUUACACAACGUAUUAGAUGACACGCGGCACGCUUCAGCUAGCGCAAGGAUGCCCAGUUCAUCCAUUUGUUAUUUGCCUCUCUGGCAGAAGCGAUUCUGAGUUUCUGAUCGAGCUACAAAAAUGUCCGUCUGAAUAUUGAAAGGACACAGCAACAUUAACUGUCUCACGGAAUACAUACGACGCGACGCGAGGUUAAAAAGUAAAAAUUUUACGAAGAAUGUAUGAACUCAUCAGCAGAGGUCGCACUAUGCUGUCCAAACGUGAUUGAAAACGUCAGCGGAGAUAAUUGUUCUUUUUUAUUAACACUGAAAAUCGUUUAGGAAAAUACCCGUUUACAGACGUAAGGCGUGUGAACAGGGCUUUAGUUGCUAUUCUUUGGUUUUAUGUUUUUCUUUUUUUCUCAUACUCAAGCUGCAAAAACAAACUCCUGUUUAAGAUAUUUUUUUAUGAAUUGAUGCCGUCUCCAUGUUUCUCUCUGUUGUGACUUGCGCCAAUGUUGAAAAGCAGCUGGUAAUUAGAACAUGUAAUAUUCACAGCAGAGCUUUUCUCUUUGUUUUAAAACUUCAUGUUUUGCUCACUUAACGGUAAAACGCUUCUGAAAACAAUAGCCGUGGAAUCUAAACGGCUGCGGUAUUCUUCACGGGCGUUUUUGCUGAUGUUAACUAGGAUUUCCUUUCUUUUCGGUAAUCGAGCAAUGACUAUUUAGAAAUAAUUACAACCACCGUGAUUUUUGGCGUGCCACUAUUUUAUUAGCUAAGAAUACUAAUAAUUCUGCAAAGUAAAAAUUGAACGGAGUAAAAUAUUUGAUUUUCCUACUCAGUUCAUUUGGAAUUUAAUUGCAAUUUAGCUUCGCAAAUUUAACAACAAAUUGUUCAAAGGAACUAAUUGGUCAAUCGAUGGAAAUACAUCCUUAUAGUGCCUCGAAAUACAUCCUUAUAGAAUCCAUUGUUUCGUCAGCCGUCACUUCUGUUGAAGAGAUUGUUUGUUGGUAUUAUUAACCCCAAAACGCUUUACACCAAGGAGAAAAAAUGUUCAACCCAUAACACUAUUCCCACAGAAAUUCAUUUUGCUAGUUUUUCCUAGUCAUUACAUCUUUGUUGGGUUUAGGUACAAUUCUUGGAAUUCGCAUCGGAGAAUAGAAACAUUGAAAUAUUGAAGCUUUGUGAUUAUAUUUUUUCUAAGACAUGUUCAUUUGUGUUUGUCUUGUUUAGCGACACUUAAGCUUUGGACGGGUUGUUACCUUUUCGUAUGUAGUUAUGUGCUUCAAUCCUUAUGCAUGACAUGUGCAAUAAUUAAACUUGUUUUUUAUAUACACAUCCUUUUUACAGUCUACAAAAUACUUUUACUGAUAUACUUUUUAAUCGGAAUCCAGCUACCCAUGUUUCACCGCUUUUUCAUUGGCUUUUCUUGUGGAAAGAUUACUUGAAAGCAGCUGCUGCUAAGUGAAAACUCGACUUCAUUCUUUUCAUUUGGCAAUGCCGAGCUUUCCAGUUGACGUGCGAAAACUUGCUCCUCACAAGACGACGAAUCUAGAAGAUGACCGUCAUGGUAAAUUAUCUUAGUGCGUAGUUUGAUUUCUCUUCGGUAUUCCUGUAUUCCGUCAUACGAUUUGGCCGCACUAUGGUCUCGAGCAGCAGUGACUUUGUCACGAAAGAUUCUAACCAUGCGCCCGAAGUGUUUUUCUGUCCCACAAAACCAAUAUUUACAUGGAUAUUAAGUGACACAUCCACAUUCCAAGCUACGAUCAGCAUUUCAUGUAUUGCUUGCCCGAUCACCGUUUUCCUAAACAUCUUGGUAAUCAUUGCAGUGAAGAAAAGGAAAGAGUUUCAAACCAAUUCCAACACUUUGCUUGCCAACUUGGCUGCCGCGGAUCUAUUAGUCGGCGCUGUCUCGAUGCCUUUGACAAUCGCUUUGGACGCCUUACUUCUCCAAAAGGUUGUCGGCUACUGGAUUUGCAGACUAGCGUUUACAAAUCAACUGGUGCUGUAUGCUGCUGUCUGUUCGUCUUUAUACCAUAUGACUUUGAUCGCUUGGGAGAGAUACGUGGCGACAAGAAAGUGGAACUGCUACAAAGCGAUUGUCACCAAGAGGCGAGUGAAGACGUACACAGCAAUAGCGUGGCUGUUAGCUGUACUAACCACGACUCCUGUACGUAUUCUUACGGUUCUAGGACUCGACUAUAAGUACACUAAGAUCUUGGACACGAUCUUCUUUCUUCCAGCCUUAGUUUGCUUAGUUCUCAUCGGGUAUUUUUAUAUCAUGUUGUAUCUCGGUGUGCGCGCAUGGAAAAAAAUAAGCGACGUUAGCCAACUGGGAGCCCCUACUGAGAUGGCAGCGAGGCGGGAACUUGGUAUUGCGAAGAGGGUUUUCAUUCAGACAGUUGCCAUGUUAAUAUUUUACCUCCCAUCGAGUAUCGUUCUUUUCUGCGGAGAGUUUUUACCCUUCCUUCGAACAAGCUCGUUUUUCCGUCGUUCGGAGUUGCUGAAUCAGCUGAACUCGCUGGUAAAUCCAUUUCUCUACGUUUUGGCACUGAAACGUUUCAGAAAGGCAGUUCUGGGAAUGCUGAAGAUGGGCAGAAAACCUGGAGUGCAGGGAGCGGCUGUUAGAAAACGACGUUUGAAAACUUUCGGUAGGCGGAUUGGUGUUGUUGAGAAUCUGGAAGUCGUCCUUGAGUGUGAACAAGUACAAGACGACGUUUUUGUUGGAUCAGGAUCGGGAUGUUCAGACACGCCUAAAGGCACUGUUAAUGUGAUACAUCUGGAGCCGAUCCUGGAAAGAUGCGUGGCGUCUACUUUACCAUGUGAAAUCAGCCAAAUCAUUCAUGUCGACGUGCAUCAACCCAAAACAAACAGAAGAAAACCAAGAAGAAAGGCUAAUGGUGUGGUCACAAGGGUUAUUCCUACUGACGCAAGCUUCAAUGUUUGCGACACCAUAUCACAAGACAAUCACUGACCCGAGAAGAAACUACGUUCGU